GGUGGAGUGGGUGGGAAGGGGAGGGUCUUGAGAGACAGGAUGAGUAGGAAGAUCUGUCAGAUUCACUGUUUCUUUACAGAAGCUUUGACACCUCGCAUCAUUACACCUGGGAAACCGAGGAACAGCCCACUAAAUCAGGUUGGCUAUGAUGAUGGAUUUUUUUUGGGAUGAUGAGAAACCUCUAAGUGUCCUUGCCUUUGGUCCCCUGCAGGCAAUUUAACAAGAUAGCACAGAAGUAGAUCUUCGUCAGGAAACUGUGACAGACAGGAGGGUGACUGCAAAAUAGAGUGAGAGAGUGAGGGUGAAAGACAGCCAAGGAUUUAAAGAUCUAUAACUUUUACAGUAGCUCAUAACAUCUCAGUUUUUCAGGAUUGGUCACUUAUUUCCUGAAGACGGCAUACUCGCACCUAAUUUCAUCUGAGAUAUCGCAAGAGAUAAUAAUAAGACAAUGCUACCCAACUCUGGGCUGCCAAUACUAGCUGUACUUCUGAUAAUCGUCCCUCUAGUGGUCAGAGGGCAAAAUGACACGGAGCCCAUAGUACUGGAGGGAAAAUGCCUGGUGGUCUGUGACUCAACACCAUCCUCAGAGCCAGCAGGUAAUGCGCUGGGGAUGUCUGUGCGUUCAGGUACCGGCCGCGUGGCCUUUUCUGCCACACGCCAAACCAACCAUGAGCCCACAGAUAUGAGCAACCGCACCAUGAUCAUCUAUUUUGACCAGAUCUUGGUGAACGUUGGCGGUCAUUUUGACCAAGAAAGCAGUAUCUUCCUUGCUCCGAGACGAGGGGUGUACAGCUUCAAUUUCCACGUGGUGAAGGCGUACAACAGACAAACCAUACAGGUGAGUUUGAUGUUGAAUGGAUGGCCAAUGAUCUCAGCUUUUGCUGGAGACCAGGAUGUGACACGGGAGGCGGCCACGAAUGCAGGGCUUGUGAUCAUGGAGCGAGGCGACAAGGCUUACCUCAAGCUAGAAAGGGGCAACUUAAUGGGAGGCUGGAAGUACUCUACUUUUUCAGGCUUCCUGGUCUUCCCCUUAUAAAGACGGCGGCGUGGGGAAGAGAAGAGGUGUGAGACGGGAAAGAGCGAGGAUGAGGAUUUAUGUUAGGAAAAUUAAUGCCAUAGGAAAGUUCAUGUUUGUUCUUCCUCUCUUUUUAAUGGGUGUCAGAACAGAGAAAAUGCAGAAAAUGGGAAUAUUAUUUAUAUUUUAUCAUUUACAUUAUUUAGAAAUAUUGUCAAAUAUUAUUAUAAUACAAAUAAUAUUAUAAUAAAAUUUUAUGGUGAACAAGAUUUGAAGAAAAAAGUUUCUAAAAUUAGUUUUAGUGUUUUUUUGUUUUUUUUAAUAAUGUAUUUAAGAUAAUAUGAACGUAAAAAGUGCUGGGUUAAAAACAACUGAAGUUGGGCUGAAAAUGGACAAACCCAGUGAUUGGGUUGUUUUAACCAAGCAGAUGGGUUAAAUGUUUGACCCAACCAGCUGGGUAG